AGGCGGUUCCCUCGUCACGGGGUAUCCCCCAUACCUCCAUAGCCGUUUCCUCGGCCGAGUCCUAAGGUGUGCUUUGCGGCGGAGUGGCGGAAACCGCUUAGCAUGAUCGGGUCGCGAAAUGGUUUCGCUUAUUGCCACGCCGUGUCACAUGGCCAUGACCCGCCACCAUGACUCGAUCUCAACAUGCAGUCAUAUACUUUCACAAUGAGUUCCUGAGCGAUCUGAUGUUGAUCUUCCGAGAGUGCCUAGCACAGACAGCACGGACGGGUUUCGUACACCCCCCCCCCGCCUCACUAAUCAGAUGGCGGGCCGUCUUGGCUGCGAUGACCCCGCCGUCGGUAUUGGCUCGGGAGACGGAUAGAGGGAUAGAUACUCGGGACGAUCGUGUCUGGGUAGCUGGUGACGGACGUUUCGUUUCGUCUUUAUUAUGUCGUGUUUGGCAUCUUUUGGACGUUUUGAGAACUCUUACUCUCUUUUCUCUUCUUCGAUCUGACUUUGCAUACAUCCGUGGUUGUCUCGAUCAUCGCGUAUGUGGUUAUGUUUCAACGGUACAUAACACCUCUUUAACGGCAAAUGCACGCUUCCGUCCGCCAGACUUAACUAACCCUAACCAUCCUCCUAUUCACAGGCAACACAAAACUACUAACCUACACGCGAUUCAACCCCGGGCACUGACCGGUUGUAAAGGGGACCAGAAGAUAAGUAGAAGAUUCUGUCAUCGCAGGACAUUGCUUAUCGUCGGAUACACCCGGUGGGAUAGUUCUGGAUACCUCGUGUUUUGCUCUAAUGAUAAGUGAUACCGCACUCAAGUUCUACUUUGGAGGGGUUGCCAUUGUAUGUGAAGCGGUUAGUGUGAGGCGUUCUCUUUUACCGUAGGUGUCUCACAUUUCAAG